AUGACUGCAGCAACUCUAACAGUUCCAGUCAAUGGCCUCACACUCAGCCGUCUGUUCAGCGUCACUCAAUUAUCUCCUACUCUGCAGCCACAAUCCGAUGUUGUGCUGUCAAUCACUCUUUCUUCGCUCUGUUACUCGGUCAAAAACACUUGUACAAAUCCCGACUUGGUUCCAUCCCAAUGGUCUGUUCUAGGAAGCAUUGACCAAGUUACAUUCAUAGAUAUUGGUCAUUUUUUAGGAGAACAGAAUCCAUCCUUGAUCCCUGCUAUUCAAUUCAAUACAGCUUCUGGAGUUCAUCUAUAUCUCUGUUCUGAUGCUAAACAAAAGUCGGAAUUGUCUCGAUACUGGGACUCUCUUGUAUUAUUUCAAAAGAUAUCUCAUGGCAACACUACAGCUCCGCUGUCUGAUUCCAUGCAGAGAAUCUCAAGCAUGUCAGUCACUGAUGCUCUUUCUCGAACUUCUGAUCUACAUGGUUCUCAGCUUACUUUAAAUGGAGUUGUCGAGCAGUUGCGCAAUUUUUCUACCAUGUCAGAUAGGUUCAAGUCGAAAAUCAUUGCCAUGGAGGCUGUAAUCCAAACCAAAGCAGCCAAAAUACAAUCCAUUGCUCGUCAGUUUCGAAAUCUAGAGCUAAAAAAUACGGAAUUACUCUGUCAACUUAACGAAUCGCAACAGCGAAAUAUAGAAAUCAUGGAGCGGCAUAGCAGGUCAGAGCAAAUGCAUUUAAAAUCAUUAGAGAAAUUGUCGCAGUUGCAAUACCGAUUAGAUGAUCGAGCUGCGAUCUUGUCAGAAAAGCAUGAUGUGCUGAACGAGCUGCAACGAAGACUUGAUACAACUAAAAAGAAAUCUCGCCAUGGAACCUUUUUUAUAUAUUUUAGUAUGUAG